AUGAACUCUCAGCAUUACAGAAGCGCGUCCGCUGCCGAGCGCAGAAGCGCGGCAGCAAGCGCGGGGCCAUCGCGUGUCAAUUCUAGCCGCGCCAGAACCUAUAACCAUCGCUCUUUCCAAGAGAAUGGCGCUGAUGUUGGCGAUGAUUUGGACGACUAUGAGCAGGAUGACGACGUGUUCCAACGAAGACAGGACAAGAAAGUGAGCGCAAGCGAACGAAGACGAGAGAAAACAACAGUCACGACCACGGAGAAGUAUUUGACUCGCCGGAGUCCCUUAAAGGAUGGAUACAACACAGCUAACCGGGGCACGUAUGACAAGAGGCCGAAGAGCAUGGAAGGCUCAAAAGCCUACAAACAAUCCGAAGAAUCAGAGCCGAAACCGUGGGAGCCAUCUGUGUCACUGAUGCCGCAUUCGUCUGCGCCGUUGGCAAUUCGUGUCUCCCGCCCACCGGUAGCCAGGGACGCUCCCGAAGGGCUCGAUUCAGCCCCUUUCAGCCAGAUGCCCAAGGAAGAACAGGAGGAAAUCCUUGUGGAUGACCUGCUCUACGUGUUCAUGGGCUAUGAAGGACAGUACAUCCGAUUUGACGACGAUUACGAUCCUUACGACGAGAAACACCGCUUGAUGGGGCCCGCCUUCCGGCCCCAACCAGGUCUUGAUCCAAGCUUGAGGGACCUCGCAACGUCUAUGCUUACCAUGGCUACCCACUAUUGUGCCAUGGAGGCUUUUGUAGAAGCGCAAAGCCGGGAGGAAUAUGGUUCUGUCAACCACGCCCUUUGUGCAUCUAUUCGCAAGCUGUUGAAGGACUACCUCAUCUUAGUCGCUCAACUAGAGACUAAGGUGCUCAGUGACGAGAAGUUCACACUGCACCAGAUGCAUCUUUCAGUCAUUCCAACAGCUCAGAGCCUUGCACAGCUGUAUGCCAUGGCUCAAGAGCUUCUUAAAAAAAACUCGCUGCUUGAGGAGGAUAUAGAUGACUCUCUUGACGAGUUUGAUGCGGACGAUAUUAUCGAGCGUCUGAAGGAAGGCGGCGACCUCUUGCCGGGAAGUAUGACCAAGAAACGAUGCAUCGGUGGGAAUGUCCUCGCUCUGCUGAGUCAACGCUUAGCAACUUACUCUGGCGACCCUGCGGCGAAGUCGAUCUUAGAGAUGCUCCUCCGUGAUGCCAGCAAACCAUAUGUUUCUAUGCUCAAUGAAUGGCUGCAUCGUGGAGGCAUUAAUGAUCCGCACGCAGAGUUCCUUAUUGGAGAGCGAGCUGGCAUCAAUCGAGAGGGUCUCGACGAGGACUAUAUUGACGACUACUGGGAGAAGCGAUACUAUAUUCGGGAGAAAGAGGUGCCUCCACAACUUGAGCAUGUCAAGGACAAAGUGUUGCUUGCUGGCAAGUAUCUCAACGUGGUCCGAGAAUGUGGCGGCGUCAAUUUUGCCAGCACGAAGCAGGAUGUUCCCGCGACUUUUGACGAUUCUCGUUUCCUCGACAACGUCAACCAUGCUUAUGCAUUUGCCAACAGUGAGUUGCUGGCGCUUCUCCUUACCAAGAGCUCGCUUCGAAGCAGGCUUCGCUCUUUAAAGCACUAUUUCUUUCUCGAUCGAGGGGAAUUCUUUCUGUACUUCCUGGAGUUGAGUGCCUCUGAGCUGCGGAAGCCACAGAAGAAUGUCAACGAAGCAAAACUGCAGUCCCUAUUUGAGCUGGUGAUCAACCAGCCAGGGAGCAUUGCAGUGGCAGAUCCGUUCAAGGAGAAUGUGAGGGUCAAGAUGAACGAAGUUGGACUCACUCAAUGGCUCAUGAGGAUUGUUAAUGUCCAAGGCAUGGAUCAGGAGAACCCGGACUCGGUGAUCGAGCAGUACAAAACACCUGCUGCUACAGCCAGCAAAGAUGAGGACAAGGACAUGAACGGCUUCGAAGCACUCGAACUCGAUUAUCGCGUGCCCUUCCCACUUUCGCUCAUUAUCAGCCGCAAGACCGUGCUUCGCUAUCAGCUGAUCUUCCGUUACACUCUUGCGCUUCGCCAUCUCGAGGCACUGCUAGUCGACUGCUGGGCGGAUCACAACAAAUUACGCUCAUGGAUACACAAAUCGUCCGACAAAAGAAUUGAGUUUUGGAAACGAAGGGCUUGGACAUUACGGUCACGGAUGCUGGUAUUCGUCCAGCAGAUGCUUUUUUAUGCAACGGCUGAAGUCAUUGAACCGAAUUGGCAAAAGUUGAUGGCCAAGGUCGACGAUGCUGAGUUUGGUGAAGAUGCUACCGACCACCCACGGUCCCAACUCCAACCAAGGUCCAAGCGCACGGUUGAUGAGUUGAUUCACGAUCACCUGGAUAUGCUGGACUCUUGCAUGAAGGAUCUCGGCUUGACGCAAGGCAAGCUUUUGCGCAUUCAUGCCAAGUUGAUGAACGGCUGCACAAUGUUUGCGGUAUACACAUCAAGUUUGACCAGACCGCUCAACGCGGCUGAUGCCGAUCUGUCUUCAGAUGCAGCCAAGGGUAAGAACAACUCAGUAGGGUCAGAGCCGUCCGUGGAACAUGAUCCGAACAGAAUAGCCAAGCUGGAGGACACUUUGAAGCGGUACGAAGAUCAUUUCAACCGGCACCUCAAGAUCUACAUUGACAGCCUCAACUACUACGCAGCCACCGAAACGGUCGUGUUGCUUGGCCUCUGCGCGCGAUUGCAGUAUGCAGAGGUACAGAAGAGGGAUGACUUGAUGCUCUAG